CAGUGGUUGAAAAUUUUGUCAUACGGUUAAAACAUUUGAAUCAUAUACAGCACAAAUGGCAAGAAUCUUCAUAGUUCCCGGAGAUUAUAGGGACUUUGGUUUAUAAUCCCCGGCUAGAAAGUUUUAAGCAUUGGCGACCAGAGUUUAGAUAACAAAUCUUGCAAAAUACGCAUACAUGGUUGUCAUGCAAACGUAUUAUUAUGAUGUAACCGGGGAAUAUCAUUUGGACUGGGGAAGUUGGGGCAAAUAGACACAAAUCAAAGUUUAUAGACAAUUUGCUUAAAUAUUUAUUGGUGGAUUCAAGUCGUGGGGCUAUUUUGUACUUGGAGUAAUUAAUAAUUUAAAAUAAUGCAAACAAUUGGAAGAACAUGUGUUAAGAUUCUGGGACUAGGCGUAGGGUUUCUCUUUACGUAGUUUUCAUAGCGUAUGUAUUUGUGUACGGCCCUUUGAAAUAACGCGAAAACAUUUAUUCUCGUUUUCAUAAAUUCUCUUUUUUCUGUUUAUUGAAAAAAAGACAAGACAAGAACAUUGGCAAGUGAGGACAAUUGGUGUGGCUUAAAUUAGAUAUCUAAUUAUUCGGCUGUGCUCUAUUAUCUAACGUAUCACAAUUCGACAGAUGUAUCUUAGUAUCGACUAUACAUCAAUUAUUAAAUAAAGCUGUUUGAACUUUCAUUUUAUCGUAGUUGAAAUUUUACAAAGAAAAUGUGUUCUUAAGGGAGAUAAGACAUGCCGAAUGGCAAAUCCGAAAGAAAGAUAUAGGUGGAUGAAUAUAGAAAGAAAAGUGAAAAAUAAACGAAAAUAGAAACAGUUAGAACAUAAAAGGAAGAAUGAGCUGGUAAUAAUUAAGAUGUUUAAGUUAAGAAAAUGGCUUUGACAGCAUUAAAAGAGAGUGUAAGAAGUUAUUAACAGAGCAGAGAGUCUCACUAACUGUAAGUUUGGUGUUUUCGGUCAGCCUGCCCGAACCCAACAACUUGUUAAAACUCCUCUCUACGUUUCCUAUAUAUAAACACACUUAAACACACUCUCAUUUCCUCCCAAACAACCCCAAAUAUACGAAAUGGCAUCAUCUCUUCCUCAGUUCUACGCUGAUUUCACAACAUUUUCCGGUGAGACUUCUUCGCAGUUUCACGGCUCUUCUUCAUGUCCCGACGUGGACUCCUCGUUAUCCAGCUACCUUGACGACUGUUAUGGCUCCUUCAAUACCUCUUCUAAUCCAGAAUCCAUCUUUGUACCCCAAGUUUUUGGUAUUUCUGACGUCUCUGUGCCUGAAUACAACAAUUAUUACCAGAAAAUGAGUGUGAAUAAUGCCACACAAUACUUUCAUGGUGGGGAUCAUCAAGAAUACUACGCCUUUUCACCGGAGAUCAAGCCCUUGUUCCGUCCGGCCACAGGAGAGCAAUCUUGGGGAAAUAGUGAAGGAGGGAUACAGGCUGAGCCAAACACAAAAGUGGGACGCUAUUCGGUUGAAGAACGUAAAGACAGAAUCAUGAGGUACUUGAAGAAGAAGAACCAGCGCAACUUCAAUAAGACCAUCAAGUAUGUGUGUCGUAAAACCCUAGCCGACCGACGUGUUCGUGUUCGCGGCCGAUUUGCUAGAAAUAAUGACACAUGUGAAGAACAAUCUCACAUGUCAAAGAAUCACAACAACCAUUCUGAAAAAGAGGAAGAUAUGUUUUCAGGAUCAGACGACUAUCUAAUCCAGAUGGAACACGAUGACGGAUGGCUUCACGAAGCAAUGUCUAAUCUGAUUCCUUUUCCUUGUGAAUUUGACGCUCCUGGAGAUGCUCAUCAUCCAAACACUUGGAGUUUCUGAUGUCACUACCCAUCUCAUUUACUUCCGAAUCAAUUAAUGUCGCUGGCUAUUAAAUUUUCAUCAGUUAGUUUAGUUUUACGUACCAAGCAGCUUAUUUAUUUUAUGGUAGAUUUAUCAUAUUGUACUUAAUUAUUCUUGGGGUUAUUGAACAUGAAGAUUAAUUCUGUCUAGUGAAUAAAUAAAAGAACUUCACCUAAUCAU